UUAUUUGACAAAACUAUAAAAAUAUGUUGCUGCCUUACUUAAGCGCAUUUUAUUUAAAAAUGAAAUGUUUUUCUUAAACAAUGGUAAUUACGGCAGCUCGUGAUUACGGCAAUGACGUUGACAACCACCGGCCGGAGAAGCCGCGUGCUUCUCAGGUGUCCUCUUCCUCGGGUCAAGGAAUUCAUUGUUUAGUUUGGAUGUGAUGCAAAUGUGAUUGAUUGGAGCGUGAUCUCGUGUCGUUGUGGCCUGCACCUGCGCGUUCAUUUCAAUGUGUGUCUCCUGAAGUUGUUUCAUUCAACGGCGGUCAGCUUCUGGGCCGUGUUCAGCAGACGUCUGCAACACGCACGACCAUGGGUUACGAUCUUUGCCGUUUUCAAGGCGACGUUGAUGAAGAGUUGAUCUGCCCAGUCUGCUCUGGUGUUCUGGAGGAACCCCUUCAGGCACCGCAGUGUGAGCAUGCCUUUUGCCAGGGCUGCAUCUGCCAGUGGUUGUCACGCCAGCAGACAUGUCCUGUUGACCGGCAGUCCAUCACUGCAGCACAGCUUAAGCCUGUGCCACGCAUUCUGCGAAACUUGCUGUCCAGGCUGCAGAUGUCGUGUGACAAUGCCCAGUUUGGCUGCAGUGCCAUUGUCAAGCUUGACUGCCUGACAUCACACCGAGAGACUUGUGAGCACAACCCCCGGCGGCCAGUGCCAUGCGAGCAGGGCUGUGGCCUUGUCAUUCCAAAAGAUGAACUAAAGGAUCACAACUGUGUGAAGGAGCUUCGAUCACUGGUGCAGUCACAACAGCAAAGGCUCAAUGAGUUCCAACUGGAGAUCAGGGAACAGUGGCGAGAGAUUAACUUGCUCAAGGAUUACAUCAGAUCAAUGAGGACAGUCAGCUCUCCCCUGCCUCCUGCUUUGGACUCCCUUGUUGAGCAAGAUGAAGUCAUGGGGUGGGCCGCCAAGCUGCAACGAGCGAGAGUUACACGCUGGGGCAGCAUGAUUUCAACGCCAGAUGCAAUGCUUCAAGCCAUGGUUAAGCGUGCCCUGACCGAGAGUGGCUGCCCACAGCACAUCCUGCAGGUGCUAAUUGAGAAUGCUCACGAACGCCGCUGGCCCCCAGGCCUGAGCACACUUGAGACACGCCAGAUGAAUCGACGCCACUACGAGGCCUACGUCUGCAAGCGUAUCCCGGGCAAGCAAGCUGUUGUCGUGGUAGCAUGUGAGAAUCAGCACAUGAAUGACGAUAUGGUGCUUGAGCCGGGGCUAGUCAUGAUCUUUGCCCAUGGCAUUGAGUGAACAUGUUAUGGGUGCGAGGAGUGUUGUCUUGCGUGUGAUUGGUAUGGCCCUCAUAAAUUUAGCAGCUGAGGUGCUGGCCAAUUGAAUAAGUGAAGCAUUGGUGAGCGACAUUGCUGUUGGUAACGUUACCAUAAAGAGGGUCCAGCCUCGCACCUGGCCACUUUCUGCUGCUGCCUUAUUUUUUGGGGGAUUUCACAAGCAGAAGCAACAUGAGCUUCAGUACCUAAAUGUAUGGCAAAUACAUGUUCAUUUUAUUGGAACAAGCAGAAUCUAAAGACAGAGUGCUGGGGUAGGGCUUUCGGCUGCUAGUUUAGGUAGCUGAUGUCACUCCACGAGAGUCCAGUCUGGCAAGAGAUGCAAACGAGUCUGAAGCAGUGUAUUCAUGGUUUUACCAUGAUGUGAUUGGCUGUGUAAUGUUUGAACAGCUCUUCAAGGGGGCCUGCAACAUUUUUUUUUUUUUUUUUUUUUACAUGGUAAAUAAGCUGUACUAUAUGCAUGACAGGGCUGCCAUGAACAUCUGAGCCAAAUAUUACUCACUUGUGCACGGCAGAGACCGCACAAUGGAGCUUUAAAGUUCAGCCAAGCUUUCUUUCGGCUUCAAAUCAACACUAGCUUUCAGUGCACAUAAUGGCACAGUCUAGCCACUGCAACUAUUUGCAACGUUUGGAUUACAUCACGAAAAAUAACUUUCUUGAACGAAAGCAAGAAAAUCCUAAAAAAUGCCAUUCUUUAUAUUAGCUUGCUCUACUAAAAAAAUAAAAUGCCGUUGCUUCGAAAAGCAUAGUAAAAAAUUCGGCAGGGACACUUACGACUGCUUACGUGUGGGAAUGCGAAAGCAUUAUAGCGGUUGUAGACCUCGGAACGUCAUGAACGCACUCAUUUUAUACACUCAUGACGUGGCACCACCUCCCCCCCAUUGGCUGCGUGGUCACGUGCCCAAUGACAUAUGCACUAGGCCACACCUUUAGUCAGCCGGAACCGUGGAUACGCUGUGGUGUCGGGGAAGCGUGCUCAUCUCGUGCCCUGGAGGCCCGGCUUCGAUUCCCAGCGAGACCGAAAUGUAUAAAUUUUUUUUUUUUUUAAGCCAUCAAUUUACUUUGUUUACAGGAACCUCUCUGACAAAUUUGUCAUCAAUCGGAGCAUUUUUUUACGUGUUUUUAAAAACUGUUUGUGCUGUCGGUCAUUUUUGGUACCAUCUUUCAGUCAUGGCGACAGAUUUUUGCAUAAUGGAGCAUAUAAUGCUUUUGCAUUUAGAAUCUCACAUCUGGAUUUCUGGUCUUCAGUGACUGUUGCCUGCUGAAGCUAUGCCAUCUCAUUAGAUCUUUCCAUUGCUAAGGCUUUGUUGAAUGCCAUACCUAAACGGCAUUUGCGUGCUUUCGGUUUGCGUUGUAGUUCUAUUCAAGUACCUGGAAUCACCUGAAUGCAAGCCAGUGUUACCAUUGAUUAUUCAAGGUUUGUUGUUUUAAUAUGUGCAGCUUGAAAGCUGAUAGUCUUGUUGCAAUUAGUAUACAAGUUCAGUAGAACGUGCUUGGAAGAGCCACUGUGCUAACUGCAAAGGCGGAGACAUUGAAAUAUAAAGGUUCUCCAUCCAGUGAUGCAAGACACUGAACUCUGGCAAGUACCAUGGAGUGCAUCAGGCAGCGUUUGUGUGGCUAUUCACAAUGCCAAUCAUAUGAACCUUCUUAAAAAUGGGACAGUAUUUCAAAUUAUGAGAAAUGCGAGCCUGCAUUAUUGUUUGUUGAUGUGUACAGCCAGACUGAAUCCAUGGCUCAUAGCAAGUAUAUAAUUGCAUGCACUCUCGCAUUGAAGUGCAUCACUAGGGAGUUAAAGCUUGUCUGUAAAUGUAGUACCCUUUACGGAAUACAUACGAAGUUACUGAAACUGUGGAUGGCAGUAGCAACACUGCUAGCGACGUCUUACGGCGCUUUGUCCACUUGCAGCAUAUUUGAACCAUUUUUGUGUGAUGCGAGUAUUUUCAUCAAGUAAAGCUAUUACAGGACAUAAAGGUUAUUUCACUACCGACGUUUUAAAACAGCAGUUAAGCAGAAGUUAAGCAGGUUGCUCUAGUAAUAGCUCCAUGUCCUCUCUAGUUGAAGUCUGGUCCAAAAGACAGCACCACCAACACAGCUGCUCAUGUAAACAUCUACAAACAAGCUAAAACUCUACUUUCAAGCCAUGCAAAACGUGUGCUGUUAUCCCUUCAGCUGAUGAAGGGCAUUUGUGAUUGAACUAGGAAAGGUGCAAUCUCAAGAUUGCAGUAUGUUCCACUAAUAUAUGCUACAUUCGACUGGUUUUCAAGUGCUUUGACGGCGCAAUACAUCCAGUUGGUCGAAAUUGAAUGCCCUGAAAAUAUUUCGUGAGUUCUUUCAGAGCGUCGCACUCCAGCUCGGAGGUAUUCUCACUUGCGACCUGGAAGUGUGACUGAGAUCUAGUAGAGUUGCAGUCACGUGGCUCUUGCAGCUUUCGUUGUUGGCAUCACGUCAGCCAUGGCAGCAUUCCUUGGUGCCUACGUGCCGUCUUUGUUUACAACAGGACGUGUUGAUGUGUUUCCUCUUCCGGCCUCUGAUUGCUCUGGUAAACGGCUACAUGUUCAGCUUGGUCACGCUGUCUCUGGCUCCGAUGGAAAGAGGGCUCUGCAUCAUUGCAAUCUGAGUCGGAACGCGGUAGGGACCAGCCAAAUGAGGUACCAAUAGACUCCCUCCACUCGCUACGCUGUGUCAGCUCUGGAUAUUUUGGUAUUGGUUCCACAUUACUGGUGGGAGCAUACAAAGUGUGCCUAUGCACCAACUUGACUGUAAGCCAUGCGAGUGCCUCCAAGUUUAGCAAGUCAUUAACAGCAAAACCAGAAGUAUUGGUCGUGGCAUUAUGAAUAAAUAAAAGCAAGUUUGUUCUGCAAGCUUGCUUCAAUUACAGGUCUAAAAAAAGAAUGGAUAGGUUCCAACUUGCCCACUUUUCGAUUCUUCUGCAAUAAAAGCAAAUUGCAUCAUUGUGACAUGUUGAAGGUAUGUUGGGGAACAUUACAGAGGGGUUGAAGGAUAAUCUCCGACUGCAUUUGUAUAGAAUGGCUUUUAAGCUUAUUGCUGGAGGGUACUUGUGAAGUGAUGCCCUUUAAUGUCGGAUACAUUCCACAACUUGGUUAAAUAUUGUUGCAGUGCCCCUUUAAGCUGGAUUCAAGUGUAUCUGAGUUUCUUACUAGAUGGGAAGUUUAAAUCGGCCUCCUAUACCACAAGUACCAAAGUCAUGUCCAUUGUAUAAUGUAACAAGUACAUGUGCUUCGAUGAUAUGACAAUGCAGCCAUUAACUUGCCCGUUAACUCACCCCUUAAAAGCAUGUGCAGCCAUUGCUGUAAGAAGUCUGUGCUAUGCCUCUCGCAAAUGGUUGUGUGCAUGAAAACUGGGACCAUUUUUAUUCUCAUGUCUGAAUUUUUUUCAACUGUCGUAAAUUUUUCCCUUUUUUUCUUUUUUGAGUUUUUCCUGCGCUGCUUUGUAAUUGAGUGUACUUUGCCAGGCUAUGUUUUUACUAGGGCACAUGGAGUUUCACUGCCACAAUUAUCAUACGUUGCUCUUGCAAGCUAAUAUCUGUUCUGUCCACUUUUUAUGCUUCUGUGAAGUUCCAGAAUAUUCGAAGACUGAAUGUUACCUUUCUGGCAUGUGUUUCUGCCUCUGUAUGGUGCAAAUAUUCACAGGGUUUACUUGGCAGGCGUUUGUAGUUUUUUUUUUUUUUUUAGUUUGACUUUUCCUCACUUAGAAAUAGUAUGUGUGCUCCAUUUUCAUCAAUCAGAGGCUGCUGUUAAAUGCUAUUGUGUAGGCACCACUUCUGAAGCCAAGCACAUGAUGCCUUCAGUGGUAGAGCAGGUCUGUAGCAAAAAGCACCGACUUUCAGUAACGGUAGACUGUUGCGAUCUGUAUCCCCCAAGGCAAGUGUUGCUAAGGUUUAUCAUCUGUGGUGCCAAGGGGACUAACGAGAAAACUUACGUUUUAUAAGUAAAUUACCCUACUACAGUACCAAGAAAGCCGCUUUUAUUGUCAGUGGAGGCUUGGAAAGCUAGAAAAGACACAGAAACGAAAGUUAUUCCUGCACCAGCUUAGCAAGACAUCAUGGAUUUUGAAAGAGUCUGCUCGGUCUAGUUUUUUAUCUGUAAGGAUGGACUGCAUAGUAUUCUAAAAGAGCCAAAGACUGAACUUCACAAGUUUUAAAAGCUUCUGCUGAGCCACAAUGACCCAAGUGUAAAAAAAAAACUUGACAUCAGUCCUUGACAUCACACUGUCAGAUCGGCACUGUAGUUUCAGCAUUAAGUUUAUGAAAUGGAACUUUGACCUUUAUUUUCUCUUCUUCUAGUAAUCAAGCCAUUGCAGUCGAACCUCAUUAUAAUGAAUUUGCAUCGGUCGUGAAAAUAACUUCGUUAUAUCCGAUAUUCGUUGUAAGCAUACGCGAAGAUAUUGGCAAAAAAAAUUCACGUGGAAACUCCUCUGGGUGUUGUCUAAGUAUGCAUAAGCAUUGUGCCACUUGCUCAUCUCCACGCAGCCCUGUGUCAUUAUCAGUGUUAUGACAUUUGAUUUGGCCAGUACAAAUGACAGUGCUGCGGUGACACGAACUGGUUCGGAAGGUGGCGAAAGGUACAUUGAUAACGCAAGCAAAGUACUGCAGAUGGCGGCGCCAGUUGCGCCGCUGACAUUCCGACCAUCAUAACCCUCUGUAACUCCUUAGCGCCUUGUCCAUUUGUGUUGAACCAUUACAAACUGUGAUCAAAGGGCUCCGGCGGCGGCACGAACUGAUCAAACGAACUCUGGCACGGCCACGCGGACCGUAUCAUGAAAGCGAUCUGCCAAGCGGACAGAAAGUGCUCUUUGCCCAUGGCAUUGAUUUUCUGAAAAAUCAGUUGGCAUCUGUAACACUUUAUAGCAUAAGCUUUCUCAAUGCCAUGCACAGGUAUGAGGCAGCAUUAGGGACGUCUUGGCUGGGCUUAAAUGUGCACUUUUAAGAAAGAAUGUGUAGGGUGGUAACGGAGUUUGUUCACACAUUAAACUUUAGCCAUAGUUUACUCAGGAAUGCGAAAACUUGUUAUAAGUUGGCUUUCAUUUUAUGGUUUUAUAAAUUUUAAUUUAAAUUCAAUAACAAGCAUAGGUUUAUUAUGGGUGGCAAGCAGUGUUCAGCAUAUGGGCCUGCUUAUAAGCAGACUGACACUAAAAAAUUGGUGGCAUAUCAUGUUUUGCUGGAGAAGAUGCAUACAUACCACAUUCAGUAAAUUCUGGGCAGCUGUACAGGAAUAGAUUCAGGUGAUUCUUCAUUUUGAUUAAAGGGAAGUGUACUAAGUGUGUUCAGGAUGAGCUAAUACCCAAAAAAGUCACAGUCUCGCCCGAGAGGCAAAGCAUCGAUUCUGAGAGCAAAUUAUUAGACAACUAUGCGAAGUAAGGAUGGUAGCUUUAUCGGCCUUAUAAACUUGUAAACAUUCGCUUACUAACAAAAUUAACAAGCAUGGCGUCAUGCGCACGCAAGCAAACAUGAACAUAUCUCACUCAAUGACCGUGGACACUCGCUGUCAAAACACUGGCAUGAGGAAGCGCGGCAUUAGCAGCGAGCAAAUGGAGCUUCGUGCUGCCUCUCGCUUCAAUGCGAACUGAAUGGCGAGAACACAGCGCACACGAAGCUAUCAGCACUCUGUGCAUUCUCUCCCCAUCGCAGAGUGCUUUCAUCGAGAUAGGGUCCAUGCGGCCGCACCUUAUACAGCCGCUGCCAAAGUAGACACCCCCCUCACCCGGUGCCUUGCGCGCACGAGAUCGAGCCACUAUCGUGCUUAGACUUUAACUCUUUCCCUAUCAUGGGAAAAAAUAGGUGUUUUUUUGUAUGUUAUGGCUGAUGUUUUUUUCUGAAGGAACUACUGCACUCAAUAUUUAAUGUAAUACAUAAACAGAAAGCAAAAUGAAUGCACUUUUCACGCAUAAAAGUUUUAUUAACCCUUUCGGCCCUGGUGUCCUAUAAAAAGGACACGAAGAGAAAUUGUUCUAAAUCGUGACUCAAACGGUUACCAUACUCAGAAAAGAAUUUGAGCUAUUCUUCAUACACCUCCGCCAGGAUACGUGACAGUUUCUUCAUCAUUGUCUUACUCAGAAAGCCUUGGAGGUGAAAUCAAAAUUGCGGAAGGUAAAAAACUCGACUGCAGCACUAUCUUGGCUUUUGAUAAUAUUUGUCAAUACCUAUUGUCUCAGUAGCGAUCAUAAUUUUGUGUGUUGUUUCUGAUAUGGUUAGGCGUGUAUUUAUGUAGGGAAGUUUUGCCUGUUAUUUGCGCAUAGCCCAGAAAACGCCAUGAUCUGUGUGUCCUAAAUAUAGGACACCAGGGCUCAAUGGUUGUAAAAGGCACUACGUGAGUUGAAUGUACAAUGAAGACGCUGUUGCUUUUAACUUGCUUCCGAUUUCUUGUGUUAUUCCAGAGGUGUCAAGUCAGCCUGAACUGCUGUAUUCAGGGGUAAGGGGACUUCUAUAGCGAAAUGUAUGUGUAUCAAGGACCCAAAUGUUUGCUCCACUAUAGGAAAUGUGCGUGUUUGAGGUAGAAGACGAUGAAAAUCGGGAUACUAUACCGUUUGCUUUUGCAGGCUAAGGGAUCAGUAAUUGCAGCACAGUAGACAAUGAAUUCGCCAUCUAUGGUGAAAAUACAUCCUACGAAGUGUUUAUCAAGUAGAUGGAGGUUAUUCAAGUGCAAUGAUGAAGGAAGUGUACUUGUUGGAGGUAGAAGACGAUGGCGAUGAAAACCAGGAUACACAUGUUGUCCAAAACCGAGGCAACAACAACAACAGAGGGGUCGCAGCGGAGCGCCAGAACAAGAGGACCAUCGCAGCAGGCUUUUAGAACGGACUAGUGCGUGCCAUGCUUUUAAGCAUCGCGCAAGCACCACCCAACUUUAUUUUCGUAGUCUUUCGCAGCCGGCACCAAGGUGCCGGCCGAGAGCGCUGACCUUAGCGUGGGGAGCAGUAAUUGCUGCACAAUAGACGAAGAUUUCGCCAUCUAUGACGAAAAUACAAUCGUAAAGCGACUAUCAUGUAGAUGGAGGCCAUUCAAGUGCAAUGAUGAAGGAAGUCUGCCUGGUGGAGGUAGAAGACGUUGACAAUGAAAAGCAGGAUAUAGUUUGCUUUUGCAGGCUUGGGGAGCAGUAAUUUCUGUACAGUAGAAGAAUUGGCCAUCUAUGAUGAAAAUACACCCAACAAAACGUUUUGACUAUCAAGUAGAUAGAGGCCAUUCCAGUGUAAUGAUGAGCCGUGUAUAACGAGCACAAAGAAUAUUUUUGAGGCCUUUGACGCGCAAGAACCACUGUCAAAUUGCCAUCAUCCAAGUUUUUCUACAUUUAAAACUGUGAUACAGCCUAGAAUAACAUGCAACUUUGAGAUACUUCAAAUUGAUUUCUACAACCACUAAGCCCUGGUGUCCUAUAUAUAGGACAUGACAUCAUAUCUUAUACUGGUGUGGUACUCCAAACAUAAUAAAUAUUUUUCGGUUUCUUAGGCAGUAGUAAAUCAAUACAAAACGAUGAAAAAAUUUCUGAACGUUAAAAAAAAUUCAGGGCUGAAAGGGUUAACGAGAUAUAUUUCAUAAAAAAGAUAUAAAUUGUUAAAAUCAAGAUUGUGCGAUAAAAUUUAACAAACUUUCUAAAGACACGCUUGUAUGUACUAAGAAAAAAAAUGCUACGAAAAUUAUGAGAUAUGCAAAAUGUAUUGCCGUCUGUUAGGCCCUAUCUCCGAAAAAAUCUAAAUUUUUUAUUGAACAGGUAUUUUGCAACAAAAAUUUAUAACUGCAAGCACUACAGUUGGGCGUGCUGGGCUGCGGCUGCCGAUGUUCCGGGCUGGUUUGCGUCGUCGUCGCUUUCAGGCUCAAAGUCCAACAAAAAUUUUUGUCAGCGUCCUCUGACUCGCUGUUAUUCGAUGUAACGAUAAGAACAGCCGCAGAGGCAGCGGAAUCGCGAUAUCUGCUAUCUCCCGAAGCGCGCACGCUGUUUUUGGAGCCGGACAUUUUUGCAUUCUGCUUUGACGAUCGCGAAACUUCGGAGCACGCUUCAUCACCAAAAUCACCACUUGGCGGGGAAAAAGAGAACUGCUUAGAAAACAAAAAUAUAGUUUGUCCUCUUUCACAUCCGAUGGCGCAGUGUGUCAGUGAGCGGUGCGGAAGGUCUCGAAAGCAGCGUUUCAAACCAUCGAUAGCGGGCGGCCAUUUUUUCGUUCUCCUUUGACGAUCGCGAAACUUCAGAGCGCGUUUAAAAAUCACCGCCUCGCGGGAAAAAAGUGAACUGCUUAGAAAACUAAAAUGCAGUUCUCCUCCUUCACGACUGAUAACGCAGUGUGUCCGUGAGCGGUCCAGAAGGUCUCGAAAGCGGCGUUUCAAACCGUCGAUAGAGGGCUAACCAUGACCAAUGGGCGCGGUAUGGAAAGAGUUAACAGAAGAUCACGGUAACGACAGCGGCAGAAAAGCACCUGGAGUGUCCAUAUAAUUGCUAUGAAUUUAGUAGCAGUAUUGGCAGCGGCGUGCAUUUUAGGCAGAUUGAUGUCCUGGUCAGCAUGCAGGGUAAGCAAUGCAGCAAGUGCCUGCUUAUUUUUCACCAGCAUCUUGAUAACUGCAACUUGCUUGAAGAAGCAAAGCCUCUGACAAGGUACCAACAAUCCAAUAUUAUCAGUCAAAUGCGCACUGUCACGCAGCCUCUCAGUGUAAGCAAUAGGAGCUCAGUGAGUCCAGUAAUAAGAGUGAUGCUUCGACAACCUUUUGUACCAAUUUGGACAGUCAAAUAUAUUGAAAAUUUUUUUAAUUUUAAAUAUACUUCAAAUUUAACUUUGCCAGAUUGACGGUUAGGAUUCUUGCUUUCUUCCAGAUGAUGAUGCGGUACUGGCGAUUUCACACUGCUGGCAGCUGUUAUGGUUAGUUGUAGUCAUGCACAUAACUAAAAAGCUCAAACGCUUUUUGUUGACUACAUUUUCAACUUCUAUGCAUCAGCUGUUGGCUGCAUUGGCUACUAGAUCACUCAAGUUUGCCCAUGACCAUGUGUUUGAAUGUUUUAUUGGCAACAUCUGUGACUGGUAUGCAUCAUGUGUUAGCUGCAGUGGCUAGCCUUGGGCAGGGCAAAGUAUGCAAAUUUGCCUCUGUUUUGACACCUGCAUUUGCAUCUCUUGUCAUUCAGCUUUUUCCAGUGGACUGUUUGUCCCCUGUGUAAUGUGUGUGUGACAGUGUCAGCCCCUUCAUGCUUUUAGGUAAUUAUUUUAAAGCCCAUUCUCCUCUUGAGGAAGAGUGUUCAUGUGAUAUUGGGCUCUUUUUAACUGUUAGUGGCCAUAUGUUAUAUCUCUCUGCUGCAUUUUUAUUCUCGGGUUCCAAGUAACUUCUGAGCUGUUUACUAAAAUGGUUCAGAUUGCUCAUCUGGGUGUGGCUUCUGAACUCGCACUUUUUUGCCCAUUUUAUUCUGAAGGUUAUGCCUUAUAUGUUAAGUGUUUUAGUAGCAUUUUCUGUAUUCAAUUUUAGAGGGGCAGUUGCAUCUGGAAUGCAUGAUGCCUGUCUACAGUGUAACACUGUGCCCUUGCAGAGAGCGUAGCUAAGCGGCUGCUGGUUUACAGUCGGAGUCUGUUUUUGUGCGAAGAGUGAACUAACUCAGCUGUGUGUAGUUUGCUCUGAAGAAGCUGUGAUAGAAACCAGUAGAGUUGCAUUUUUGAGAGUCGAGAUGUUACAAUUGUAUAGAGAAUGGCCAAGCAACCAGCAUGGUUGGGUGCUCUAUUCUGGUCUCCUGGACUGCUGGUUCAUGUAUGCCCUCAUUGCUCCUGCAGCUCCUGAGGUUGUUCUCAAGUGUUGUCAGAGUUCUGUAUGAGAUCAGUGUAGUUUCUAUGCAAAUUGAAUUGCCUAGCGACCUCGCUAUUUAUUUUGCCCUGUUGGUCUGUGAGAGAGGAGUGUGAUGACAAUGUAGAUAGUGCACUACGUUCAUUAUUCCCCCCUUUUUUAUGUGUUCUUGCUUGUCUAAACAGUGAUGUACAGCCUCCAUUGUUGGUGUUGCUACUUUUAUGAGCUCAGUGAGCCUACUGUCUGUCCUCUAUUGUUUUUUAUUAUUACUAUUAGGCAGCUGAAAUGAGAGUAUUCUACCAUGUUUCUUGCAGCCCCUGGAUAUCAGUAUGUGCCAGGCUCAACAUUCCAUAUAGUUUCUCAUUAAGAUGAAUCUCUUUGAUGGAUGUGUGGUUGCCGCAUUUCCCUUCCUUGUGUGUGGGUGGUCUCCUCUGAACAUGGUGUUUGGACAUAAUAGUGAACUUUCUCUCUGCCCAUGCACCUUUUCUGUUAAUUCUGCUCUGAUGCUCUAUUCACUACUGAUCACCGGUUAUGUCAGACUAUUUAUUCUGGAGGUAUAUUUACGACUAUUUUGUUCACAUAUCAGAAAGUUCUGCGUUGUCUUGUAAUAAAUGCUUUCAGAGAAGAUGGC